UAUGGUUCCUGGCCACGACGCCCACACUUGCAGCCCUUAAAGCCUCCACAUAACUUGCAUCAACAUUAAUCUUAAUGAUCUCCGUAGCGGGAGCCUGCCAAGUCACAAGAUUCUUUCGCAUAUCAUUAGUAAAAUUUAAGCCAUCCACCCUCUCUUUACCUUUGAUGCUAAUCUCCAUCUUGAUGUUGGGAUGACAGGCCGAGAAGGACGUCCAGUAAUUCUGAAGGAACCUCACCGAGUCAGAGAUUUUUUCCAGCCUAGGCGACCUGCGAAUGCCGCCCAUGGCGGCGGGGGCGCCGGAUCUGGCGCUGGGCCACGCCCAGCGGGAGGACCGGCCAGUGGUGGGUGGCUACUCUGGACAGGAGUGGAGCACCUUAAGAAGACGGGGGAGGGAGAUCCUUCGCCAUGCUCGUGAUCCGGAGGCUUGCCUGCGUCAUAUGCGGGAUAAAGUGAGUAAGUUUUUCAAUUCAGAGCUAGGCAAGGGGGAUUUGAAGGUGGCCAUGGCUGGGAUGACCGGCGCGGUGACGGAGGCGAAGUUCACGGACUCUGAUUUUGCCAUGAAAGAUGCGGAUCCGGCGAGUAAAGGGGCGGAAGAAACUGCAGUUUCCCUAUGCGUUAAAUCCAAUUUGACCACGGUUAAGGAGGGGCUCCUGGACGAGAUUAAUUUGGGGAUUAAUUCUGUUGAUUUGAGGGCGAAAUUUGGGGGUGAAGACAAGUAUUUGAGGGGCGAGUUUCAGGUUAUGCAACAGGCCAUUUUUCAGUUUCAGCAAGUGUGUUCGUUUCCUGCUCUCUGUUCUUUGUGUCUGAACCAGGUGAACCAGGGGAGGAUGGCAUCCGACAGGGAUCAGCAGCCACCCAACAUGGAAGCUACACGGCUGAAGCCUGCUGGUGCCCAGGGUGAUGAGCUCGGCGCUCCGGCGGUGGACUUGUCCACCCCCCUGCCACAGAGGGGAACCGCUGCUGUUGGGGGUCCGACUGGACUGAUGCUGUCCAUCACCCCCAGCGCCACCAUUGGCUUCUCGGCAGUCCCACAAGAUCCUCCGGCUCCUCGUAGGCAAGGCAAGCAAGUGGCCAUGCUGGCAGACGAGGAGGACGUGCCAAUCGUCAUCGACAUGGAGGCGGCCAUACAGGCAAUGAAGGGCAAGCUCGUCGUGGCUCGGGUGCUGUCGCAGUACCCGGUGGACCACAACGCCGUCAUCAACAGCUUGCGAGGGGCGUGGAGGCUCCGUGGCACUGCGGUCCCUCAACGGGUCACGAGCAGCGAUGGGCGCUUCGUCGUCACGUUCUCCGAGGAGGGGGACCGGCAGCGUGUUCUUCAAGCUGGGUCGUGGCACUACCAGAACGACGCAGUGCUCAUCAAGGACUUCGACGGCGUGGGUAACCCUGUGGACGUGCGCCUAGAUUCUUUAAGUAUCUGGGUGCAAAUUCAUAGGUUGCCCAUCAUCCUCAAGACUGAAGACAUGGGGUGGAAGCUUGGAAAGAAGCUCGGCACCGUCCUCGCCGUGUCGCACCGCAACAAUCAAAUCGUUGACGAGCAUCUCCGUGUUCGUGUUCAGCACCCUGUGGAGAAGCCAUUGAGGAAGAAUGUCGACAUAACCCCAAAAGUGGUGGGACACACGACAGAGAAGUUCUGCAGCAUGCCCAAAGAGCUGCGGAAGGCGUCCUACUCCACCGACAUAAGGGCGCCUCCGUAUUGGGCCUCUGCUCGUAGACAAAUCGAUUUUGGGAAGAAGCCGGUGAAGGACAAGGUGAUCACGGAGGUGGCCUCGGUGGUCAAAAGACUAUACUUGUCUGCUGCUGCAGAUACGACUACGGCGUCAGCUUUGGUGGACGGUUCUGCUCCGGUUGCCACUGACGCACCAAACGCAUUGGAGCAGCUUGUGCUCGUUGGCGGGGGUACCAACAACUCCAGCAAUGGGCCCCCUGUUCAGUUUGCUACUGGAGGCCUGGAGGCGUCCAAUGACAUGGCUGGAGCACUCCUCAACACCAACUCAGGAGCUCCGGCUGGUCAAAUGAGUGAGCUGAUGGAUAAGGGACCUGGGGAGCACCUCCACUCUAACCUGGGUGCUCCUGGGUCUCCUACUGCUGCUGCUAUGGCGUCUAUGCAGAAGCAGCCGCAGAUGGGGGAUGUACAGCCUAUGGAUCAGGCGAAGGCUAAAGCUCAUGGUGGUCGCAAGGGUGCUGCUGCUGAUGGCGUACAACAGCGUGCUCUGGCUACUGCUGGAGUCCAACGAUGGAAGAGGCUUCAUCGAGAAGAGCAGGAAGAGAAGGAGAUGGUGCAAUCUGCAUGUGCUAAACAUGUGGUUUUUGGCAUCCCCACGCCACCAAACAGCGGCAGCGAGCUCUCCAGUCGCAAGAUGAUUUUUGCUGCCAUGCUUGAGAGUACGGCAGGUAGCAAGAGGCGAUCCCCUGAUGACAAAGACUUCGUGUUAAGCAUGAAUAGUACUAGUACUGAAAGUCUAGAGGUUAGGGAUGCUAUGGAUGUGAGUAUGAAUUGUAAAAGAGUGUGUGUUGAGAGAGUUGGUACUAGAGUAGGCAUAGAUGGGUCUACUAUUCAUGUAACUGAAGAGGUAGAUGGGGGAGUGGAGGUGGAUCAGGACAAAAGAAGAGAGUCUGUAGGGGAUGAAAAAGAUGUAGAGGAUGGAAAAGAUGUAGGGAACAAUACUAAGGAAGCAACCGGCCCUGGGGCUGCUGGUCAACUGACGGGCGAGCAUGAUAUCGCCCGUCAGGAGCCAUGAAAAUAAUUAGCUGGAACUGCCGAGGUCUGGGUCAACCUCGGACAGUCCAAGAGUUGGUGUGCCUCUCAAAGACACACCGACCCAACGUUAUCUUUCUUUCUGAAACAAGGAAAAAUAAAGAGUAUGUUGAGAGUUUGCGCUA